AUGGGUGAGAUCAAAGCCAGACACGUAAUCCUCCUCUCUAUCAUGUUCCUCAUCUUCUUCUCCCAUACUCUUCUUUUGUGUUCAGCUAACGAGCAUGGCUCAAGGAACCUUGCCGUGGUCAUGAGAAAACGGGUGAGAUAUAGAGGGUCUCGCUCACGCAACUCAACAUCCUCAGCUUCAACUAUGACGUUCCCAAGCUCCUUCCAUAUGGGCGCUGCUUCCUCUUUCGUCCUCGCUCUCCUUUUAUAG